AUGCGAACUCUUUCACUUUUGAUGCUCAUCGCAUCCGUUCAAUCAUCGCUAUCUUAUCAACAGGCUCCGUCAACCCAAACGGAAUGCUUUGAAUUGCCUGUCGUUAUUGUGUCUGCAGUGGAUCGAAGCUUUCCAAAUUCAUCUUGCCACCAAUUGCGUUAUCCUGCUGAAGACUGUCUAAAAGAGGCAGUAAAAACCCGUGUUGAAGUUAUUGAUAAUGUCGACGGAAAGCUCAAUUGCAUCAACGGGGAACGUACGGCCGUUUUUGAACAUUCCAAGGCAAAUUACCGCGGCCAAACAAGCCUUUACUUCAGAAAGCAUCAGUUUAAUCUUAAAUUUCCAGAAGAUACGUCUUUUCUCGGCUUGGUCAAGAACAAAGCUUUCGUAAUGAAUGGACCUUUUCUUGAUUGUACCCUUCAACGCAACCAUCUUGCGCAGUGGUUGUAUCGCUCUACGGGACGCUAUGCAGUGAAAACCAGGCACACUGUCGUCUACAUGCGAACCUCCCCUUCCCAGCAGGAUCCCAAGUACGCUGGGAUUUUCUUACUGCUGGAAAAGCCGACGUAUGACAAAAACCAUGUAAAUCUAGCAGAGCUUAACGCCUCAUGUGCAGCCCGUAACCCGAAAGCGAUGUCUGGCGGCUGGGCGUGGUCGAAUGAUCCACCAAGUUAUGGCUCUUACUCGCCUAAUAUGGUCAUUGACCAAUACCAGAAUGAGUUUGGUAUGGGAGAGCGUCCAAUUUUGGCAUACCCGGAGGGUUCUUCGCUUUCGCAACAGAUGCGCGACUUUUUUGUAAACAUUAAUACUGGUUUCCUUCCUCAAAUGUAUCGUGUACUUUGGUACAAUAUGACAGCGCCACAUGAGCUUGAGAAGCACCUGGAUCUUGGCUCAUACGCUGACUAUUUGCUACAUACGGAAAUGUCUCUAAAUGUUGACGCUUAUCGUCGCAGCACCUUUUUCUUCAAAGAUCGAGAUCAAACGAUUAACGCCGGACCUGUCUGGGAUCUUAAUUUAGCGUACGGUAACGGUGCUCGACGCAAUUUCAAAGACUGGAUCUUUCCGCAAUACACUUAUUGGAAACGUCUUAUGUGCCACUCGAAGCUCGCAUCGUUGGUCAUACAGCGCUGGAAAACACUUCGUGGAAACAACCCAUCAAAGAAUGAUGACCCCGUUUUCGGAGUGUGGAGCGACAACAAGAUUUCAGCAUUUCUGGAAACCAGCUCUGCUCCACUAUCUCGUCAAUUGACGAAAUGUCAAAGCGGAGAUUGGCGUUCGGAUGGCUUGUAUUGUGCUGCUGUCGACUUGGACACUUGCAAUGGAACGUAUGCUGAGCGUGUGAAUGAUAUGCGCAACGCUGUGCUAAAUCGUGCUCACUGGAUGGACGAACGUAUUGAGCAGCUGUACAAGCCUCUUGACGCAAAGGCUUGCUCAGGUGUUGGAGAAAUCCCGAAGUAUAAUUGCGGCCUUAAUGGGAGUGAUGACGGGUGUUUAAAGAAUGCAGAGAAAUAUUAUAAUGCCGUAUUAUUUCCUCCUGUGCGCAAACCGUACUCGGGACCGUCGUGCGACGAAAUUGUCAAGGACACUCUCGACGAUGGAGAAGAAGUUGCAUUCGAAAUGGCACCGUACCAGAAACCUUCCGUUGACUAUUGCUGGCAAUCUGCCGGCAUGUACGUCUAUCCAGAACAAAAAGGUCUUAAAGACAAGACAUUGACACUAUUUUGUAAUGGUUACGGGUCGUGUGCAGAAGGUCCGGGAGCAGUGUGCAAUUGCUCAAUGGCAGUUAAGGUCGAGAAAUACUCUUGCCGUCGUAUUGAUAAUGGAAACGAAUCCAAGCAACACAAUUUUGAGGGGUCAACAACAAAAUCGAUAGAUGCUGACACUCAGACGAGCAAGCAAGAGUCGAGUGAAGAGGGGCAUUUGUCAACGCCGCUUACGGAAGCCUUUGCUGUAUGUUCGGCUGUCACAGCUGUUAUUGUGCUGCUGGUGUUUUUUGGCACCUGGUUGGUUAAGGAGUAUCGUCGUCAUCAGCGCUUAAGCGAGUUCACGCCAGUUCGUUAUGGAAGCAUCGAGAAUGCUCGCACUAUUGCUCAGCAGAAUACUAUUUAG